GGAGCCGCACCGGGUGCGACGGUGCGACUCGACCUGUGCGGAGGCUGCAGGCCGGUCCGGCGGUACGCGGGCACCGCGCAGACCACCGGGGGUGGAGCCACCGAUUGCGACGCCGAACGAGCGCGGUGGGCAGCCCCUAAUAAGCUGCCCACUGGCACCAACUGCGAAGCAUGAGCGGCCUCGGCCCCCACGCCACGGAGUUCAGCCCCGCCGGACAACACGACGACUACGACGACGAUUUUGAUGACGACAGCUUCGAAGAUGACGCACCGGCACAACUGAGCCCCAUCAGCGAGGCCGUGCCGCCGAGCACGCCCAUGUCGCCGCGCGACGAGGCGUCGCUCGACGCGCGGGAAGAGUUCAUCCGACGCUGGCGCGCGAAGGAGGCCGAGGCCGACGCGGGCAUGCGCGUCGUCGAUCAAUCGAGGAAGCCCAUCGACCGUACCAGAUUGCCGCCGGCACCGGUUCCAGAGCACAUGCACAUCGAGGGCGGCGACGCCGCCGCGGCCCGCGAGGAAGCGAGGCAGCUGCGGGACCAGCUGUCGCUCAUUCGAAAGGAGUCUGUUGUGCAUCCCAAUCAGGUAGACGAGUCGCCGAGGGUGGCGCAAUUGUUGAGGGAGAAGGAGACUUUGUUGGAGGAGGUCGCGGCGCGCGACCGAACGGUAGCUUCUCUGGAAAACCAAUUGGGCGAUUCCGAGAAGAAGGUCGUGUUCUUGGAGCGGCACCUGUCGAAGCUCGACCACGCGCUUGAGUCGCUGCAUCGCGACGCCGAAUCGAAUGCUUCGGAGCACGAGGCCGACGCCGACGCGGCGUCUGCGGCGUCGCCGGUUCUAGAGAAGGAGCCGGUGCAAACGUCUGAGGUCUCUCUCGUGGCGCGCGACGAGCUUGACAUCGCGCGCGCGGCGUUGCAAGGUGCGGAAGCCAGGGAGAAGGAAGUGCGGGAUGAACGGGAUAAAGCACUCCAAAGAUGUGAACUGCUCCUGGAAGAAAAAAGGGAGCUCGAGACGAAGGUGAUCAACGCGCGCAAAAGAGCAGAAGAGGCCGUCGAGGCGAGGAUUGUGGACGCCGUGAACGCGCGCGUGAAGGGCGAGUCGACGGCCGUGGCCGACGAGCGGGUGGCGAUGCUUUCGGAAGAAUUGGAUCGCGCUCGAAGUGAUGCGGUCGUGUAUGCUGCGGCUGCAGCUAGGGACGCGGCGCGGGAUGGGGUUGAAUUAAGGGACGCGAACGACGCGCUGGAGGAGAAGCUCGAGGCGUCUUUACGGUUACAGGCCAUGGCCGAGGCCCGGGCGGAGACGGCGGCCGAGGCCCUCGAAAGUUUACGUAUGUCCAGUAGGCAGGUCAAGGAAGCGGACGAUCAGCGUAUAGAGGAGCUCGAGGAGCGUUUGGCGGUCGCCGAGGGUUUACAUGCUGAUGCGUCGAGGCAAGUGACGGAGAAGAGCCAGGAGGUCGAGAAGGUGCAUAGUACCUCCAAAGCUCUUGGAGACGAGGCCGACGACACGCGUAAGGAACUCGAGGACGUCGUAAAGGAGAAGAACGACUUGCGGAGGCGCGUCGUCGAGGCGGAGCAGGCGUCGCUCGAUUCGCGACGAGUGUUGGAAGCUCAAGUUCAAAAGCUCGAGGCCCAAUUGUCCCAAAGUGAAGCGCGCGUUUUGUCUCUCGAGAAAGAUGUGGCGGAGCAGGCCGUGGCGCGGCUCGAAGCGUUACCGGAGACGGCGGGCGCCGUCCAAGCUGCGCAUCAAGAUAGAUUGGCGGCCGCGGCAUUACGAGCGGAGGCGGCAGCCGACCGCGCGCUGGCCCAGCAGGCGCGGAGCGACGCCGCGGCGGCGCGUAGCGAUGCGGCACAGGACGCGCCCUCGCCCAAACUUUUGGAGCCGCGCGGCUACGACGUCGUCGAGGCGGCAGUAGCUCCAGAGAACGCGGCUUCCCGCGACGAUGCGAUUAUGCGAGCGGCUGCCCCGACGCUUGCCUUGGGCGCCGCGUGGGCGCAGACGGCGGGCCUUGCGCGCGCGGCCCGCGACGACCGAGCCGCCGCCGCGGCGCAGCGGGAGGCGGCGGACCGCGACCGCGCGGCCGCCGCGCGCGACCGUUCCGAAGCGGCGAAGGAGCUCGCUGCUGUUCGUUGCCGGCGUCCGAAUCACGGGUAUCGUGUGAACUGUGACGUCUACUCCACCUCCACGCCCUCGACGCGACCCAUUCUCACGACGCAGGCGCAAAUGGAACGAUCGGACGCGGCGGAGCGCGGGCGCCAGGACGCCCAGACUGCUCAAGACGACGUCCGGAAGCUCGCGAGGCGCAUCGUCGGCCGCGUCAUGCGACGGCAUCAACAACAUGCGCUGCGCAGCGUCUUCGACGCCCUGCGCCCGCAGAGAAUCGACGGCCGACGGUGGGCCGUGCUGGGCGUGGCGAUCGCGGAACAAGGUAGAAGAGGCCGGCGGGCGACGCUGCGGCGCGCCUGGCGGUCUCUCUUAAUAGAUAAGCCGCCGGAGAUCGAGGUCGCCGACCUGGCGGACCCUGAAGAAAGGAAGCGGCGCGUCGACGCCGCCGCGCGACGGGCGUCCAAGGCCGCAGAAGCGGCGGCGGCGGCGCGCGGCGACCUCGAAGGCCUGAACCGCGAGGAGCCGGACGCGUCGAAGGCCAUCGUCUUCCAGCGGUCGAAGGACGCGCCGGGCGGUGUCGUCGGCGUGGACGGCCAGGCGAUCUGCUCGGCGUUUCAGUUCGGUGGUUGUGCCCAUCAGUCGCAGACUGGGUUGGUGGUGCAUCAGAAGCCGGACGGCUCGACGCAGUGGCUUUGGCACGCUUGCGUUGCAUGUGCACGGGCGUCGGGCCAAUUGCGGACGCACGCCCGGUUCGGCGACAUCCGGUCCUGUCCCCUCUCGGCGGACGUCGCGGUUCCAUGUAAAACGAAGCCGCUCGGCGAGUCGAACAAGGACGUGCAGGACACGCUGUCGAAGCAUCGGGAGGACAUGAUCCGUAGGUAUGCGGGGGAACGGGACGACCUGAUGGCUGCGCUCGGCGCGGCGCUCACCAACCUCCAUUCGAUCGGCGCUUCCUACCCGCGAUGGAUCUGGGAGAGGUACGAGCGCCACAGGACAUCAGCUGGGGCUUGGACGUAUACGAGUAAGAGUGGGGUUUAGUAAA